UACUGUGAAGUAACGUUGUUUUGUGAAUUGACUUAUGCAUAUGUGAUUUCCGAAUUAGAAAUAUACCCAUGUGGUUUUUAUUACAACAUUAUACCUAAUAAAUGACGUGAUUUUCAAUCGAACGAGAAAGAAAAAUUCGAAUUGUUUUAACAUAGGAAUUAUUUAUAACAGAAAUUAAGGUGUCGCCAAUGUACAGUAGAACAGGAUAUUGUCUCUCCAAUAAAUUCGCAAUUCGUUGGGUAAAGAUUCAAUUAGAAAACAUUUGUCGUGGAAUCUCAUCAGUCAAAAUGCAUCCUACAGCUGACGCUGAAGUAAAUACCAAUGUAAAUACUACUGUGCAUGGCACUAAAAGAUCUAUGGAUGAUAGUAGCAAGAAUGAAGCCAAGAUGCCGAAAGUAGAAGCAGAGUCAGUACAAACGACAGAAGCGGAGGUGGUACAAAGAAUUAAGAGAAAAAAUCACGCCAUGUUACUGGGCUACAUUGGCAAAGACUAUUAUGGCAUGCAAAGAAAUCCUGGUAUGAAAACUAUAGAGGAAGAUUUGAUUACUGCUUUAUUGAAGGCAGAGUUGAUAAAUUCAGAACAUUUUGAGAAUAUACGUGCAAUCAAUUUUCAAAGGGCGGCACGUACGGACAAAGGAGUAUCAGCAAUUAGGCAGGUUGUUUCGCUGAAGCUACAGAAUAUUGACAGGACAAUAAUAAAUCAGUUCUUACCUGAUGCCAUCAGAGUAUUUGGAAUUAAACGAGUGACAAAGGGUUUCAAUAGCAAAAAUCAGUGUGAUGCACGUACCUAUAGAUACAUCAUUCCUUCUUUCGCCUUUGCACCAGAAGAUCAGAGUUUGUUAAAACUCGGAGCGGAAGUUAACGAAGACGAAAGAAUCAAACAAUUAUCGAUCAUUGAUGGAAACCCAUAUACUGACUACAGAUUAUCUCCAGAAUCUUUGGACAGAUUAAAUUCCAUUUCGAAACUUUUGGAAGGUUCUCACAAUUUUCACGUCUUUACAUCAAAAGUAAAGCCAUUAGAUCCACGCGCGCAACGUUACAUAAUGAAAUUCUGUUGCGCGGAGACGUUUAUUUCGAACGGUAUGGAAUUCGCAAUCUUGGAAGUUAAAGGACAAAGCUUCAUGUUGCAUCAAAUUCGAAAAAUGGUGGCGAUUGUAGUUGCAAUUGCAAGAAACAUGGUAUCUGAACAGACAAUCAAGGAAGCAUUUAAUACAAUGGACAAAAUGGAUAUACCACUUGCACCCAGUUUAGGAUUGUGUCUGUGUCAUGUGCAUUAUGAUCAGUAUAGUAAAAGGUAUGGCACGGAUGGUCUCCAUGAAACAUUAGAUUGGAAAGAAUGUGAAGAAGAAGUAGAAAAGUUUCAGAAGACUUAUAUUUUGCAACAUAUGGUGGACACUGAGAUUUCAGAACAAACAACCUUGAAAUGGCUGGCAGGUCUUCCUUUUUAUACGUUUAGUAACAGAGAUGUACUACCGUUGGAGGAUGAUGAGAAACAAGAAGCCGUGCAUGUUCAAGUGUAAAACACAUAGCUUUAGUUGUAUACCAAAUAUAUACAUUAAAGAAAGUUUUAAAGUUAUUAUGAAA